UUCUUGAAGGAUGCUUCUUAGGAAUUCCCUUUCCUUCUUUCUUAGCUUUGAAGACCAACUCAUUUCAACUUAACCCAUCAAAACCAUCGCUCUCUAUUUUCGUCCUUUCUACCUUUCUCCGAUCCCAAUCCCUAAUCUUUCUCUCUUCAAACUCUAAUUUUUUCAUCUGGGGAGAUCGGCUGACGAAUCGAGAGGAUCUCAUCGCUCGCGAGGGAUUAGGGUUUCAAUCGAUCGCAUCACAUAUCACAAUCAUGUUUAGCCGGAUGUUCGGUAAACCUAAACAGGAAACCAAUGCUGUUGCCACUUUGGACAAGCUAAACGAGACACUUGAAAUGCUGGAGAAAAAGGAGAAAGUGCUCCUUAAAAAGGUGGCAGCAGAAGUUGAAAAGGCCAAAGAAUUCACAAGGGGGAAGAACAAAAGGGCGGCAAUACAAUGUCUGAAGAGGAAGAGGUUAUAUGAACAGCAAAUAGAGCAGCUUGGAAAUUUCCAGUUGCGUAUUCAUGACCAGAUGAUAAUGUUGGAAGGUGCUAAAGCCACCACAGAAACGGUAGACGCGUUAAGAACUGGAGCAGCUGCUAUGAAGGCUAUGCAAAAAGCAACGAAUAUUGAUGAUGUUGACAAGACUAUGGAUGAGAUCAAUGAACAGACUGAGAAUAUGAAACAGAUUCAGGAUGCAUUGUCUGCUCCAAUUGGUGCGGCUGCUGAUUUUGACGAGGAUGAAUUGGAAGCAGAACUUGAAGAACUGGAGGGUGCUGAGUUGGAAGAACAGCUUCUUCAGCCAGCAACUACAGCUCCUGCGGCCCCAGUGCAGGUCCCAGCUGGGCAGCAACCUACUCGCCCAGUUCCCGCAAAGCGAACUCCGGAAGAAGAUGAAUUGGCAGCUUUGCAGGCUGAGAUGGCACUUUGAGCAGAAUUUUGCAGGCUUUUUUUUGUGCAUGGCUUCAAUGAAGAAUUGUAACCACUAUUACGUGGAGAAUUCUGCUUCUCUCCUGCUCGCUUAUCUUUGAAAUUAUUGAGCUGACCAGAGGAUGUAUAUAAAAGUGGAAAAAAAAUUAUCAUAAAAGUCUUCAAAACGUACUACUUUUAUUUUGGAUGAGUUCGAACCCCUCCUUUCCAUUAUACGUAUCAAGUAUAUUGAUGCAUUUGACUAUCUUAUACUUUAUGUGGUUGAGUUUAACGUGGUCAGUUUAAUCAAUGUAUUAUAUCUUAAACAUGCUUACAGCAAAGUAUAAGGAAUAAGAAUUUGGUUAGCCUAUGAGCUAGAACACAGCCAUGAUUAAGGUAAUGAUUUUUAUUUGUCCA